AUGUCAUUGUCAGUGUCAAGUAUAUUACUGAAACGCAAAGUCAGAAUGGCGGCCUUGUCAACUAGUAACACUGAUACAGUGACGCAGGGCGUACCUUGGCCGAAUAAUGAAGAUGAUUACGAAAUUGGAGAUGUUAUUGGUGUUGGAGCCACAGCGGUCGUACAUUCUGCGCUGUGUAAGCCGCGGAACCAGAAAUGCGCUAUAAAAAGAAUAAGCCUCGAUAAAUGGAAAUCCUCCUUGGAUGAAUUACUCAAAGAGAUACAGGUCAUCUCGAGCUGUAAUCAUGAAAAUGUCGUCACGUAUUAUACAAGUUUCGUCGUAAAGGAAGAGUUAUGGCUGGUUAUAAGACUUCUGGAAGGUGGAAGUUUACGUGACGUAAUCAAACAUAAAAUGAAAGUAUCAAACUGCAAGCAUGGAGUAUUCGAUGAAGUGACUAUAGCGACUGUACUUAAAGAAGUUCUGAAGGGGUUAGAAUAUUUCCAUAACAACGGAAAAAUUCAUAGAGACAUAAAAGCCGGAAAUAUCCUAUUGGGCAAGGAUGGAACAGUCCAAAUUGCGGAUUUUGGUGUGUCAGCCUGGCUCGGGUCAGAAAAGGACGUAUCAAGGCAGAAGCUAAGACACACAUUUGUGGGCACACCGUGCUGGAUGGCUCCAGAAGUUAUGGAACAGGAUCAGGGUUACGACUUCAAAGCUGAUAUAUGGUCGUUUGGAAUAACGGCGAUUGAAUUGGCAACUGGCACUGCGCCUUACUGUAAAUACCCUCCGAUGAAAGUUCUUAUGCUUACAUUGCAAAAUGAUGCCCCAGAUUUGGAUACAUGUUCCGAGGACAAAACCCAAUACAAGAUAUACGGUAAAACAUUUAGAAAGAUGAUAAAAGAUUGUUUGCAAAAGAAUCCAACGAAACGGCCUACUGCUACGGAACUAUUAAAACAUCCAUUCUUCAAGAAAGCGCAAGACAAAAAAUAUCUUAGUCAACAAUUGGUAGACAUCGGGCACAGUAUGGAAUUGAAGUUUCAGGCUAAACGACAUUCAAGUGCUUCGGGCGGUUUGCAUCGUACAGCGACUGGUCAAUGGGUGUGGGAUGAUGACGACGAUGAUGAUUCUGAUGAUGAUAAUAAACCUAUAAAUGAGAUACAAAACGAGUCCAGCAGUAGUGAUGAGGACGAGCCAGGGGAAGAACAAAAUGCAACAUCAAAUUCUCCAAAGGUAUAUAACCUCGUAUUAAGACUGAGAAAUGAUAGACUGGAACUUAACGAAAUAAAAUUCGCAUUUAUUACUGGAAAGGACACUGGCCGUAGUAUAGCGAGUGAGUUGGUGGAAGCUGGCUUACUAAGUCCAAUAGAUUGGGCUCCUAUAGCAAGGAACUUGGCACAAUUGCUCCUUCUACCGGAGUCUGAUUCAAUCACAUUCAAUCUGAUUUCCACUCCCACUAAUAAAAUGGACAAAGAUAAACUAAUCGGAUUUGCGCAAAUAUGUAUUAUAUCCAUAGAGUGUGAGUGA